GAGCACAAACAUGCUUCAAGUAACCGAAAAAUCAGCGGUGGUGCGGACAGCAAUUUCUCUGUUCCCCCUAAAUAUUGGCCCAAACCAAAAGACAAUUUUAGUUUGAACGAGUCGAGUUGAAGUCAAGUAAAAUUGACUAGGAAGGAUCAAAUUAUCGUGUUUCAGACAGAAAAGAAAAGAAUUGAUUAGGGCGUUAGAGAGAGAAAGAAGAAGAAAGAUGGAAGAAGAAAAGAGUUACGGUGGAAGUAGUAGCGGUUCAAAUUUGGAGACAUCAAAGGCAGAGAGAUCUGUGUGGCUUAUGAAGUGUCCUGUUGCUGUUGCUAAAUCAUGGCAGAAUCAUCCUCCAUCUCAACCUCUUUCUAAAGUUGUUUUUUCCAUUGAUCCUCUUCUUCCUGAACACGAUCCUGCUCAUCUACAGUUUACAAUGGAGAUGUCUGGCACUGAAUCUCUGAAUAUGCCAAAAACUUAUUCUUUGAAUAUGUUUAAAGACUUCGUUCCUAUGUGCAUCUUCUCUGAGACUAACGAAGGUGACAAGGUUGCAUUGGAGGGGAAAGUAGAGCAUAAGUUUGACAUGAAGCCACGUCAUGAAAACAUUGAAGAUUAUGGAAAAUUGUGCCGAGAGCGGACAAAGAAAUCUCAGAUUAAAAAUCGACAAGUGCAGGUUAUUACCGAUGAUGGUGGAGCGCACAUGAGGCCAAUGCCUGGAAUGAUUGGCUUAGUUUCAUCCAAUUUUAAGGAUAAGAAGAAGACACAGCCAGUCAAACAAACUGAUACAAAGAGAACUAGAAGAGACCGUGGAGAGCUGGAGGAUAUAAUGUUCAAGCUAUUUGAAAAACAGCCUAACUGGGCCUUGAAGCAACUUGUCCAAGAGACCGAUCAACCUGCGCAAUUCUUGAAAGAGAUCCUGAAUGAACUGUGUAUAUACAAUAAACGAGGUGCCAAUCAAGGAACUUACGAGCUGAAGCCAGAAUACAAGAAAUCUGUUGAAGACACGGGCGCUGAAUAAGCGCAUUGUUUUUUUACCUUGUAUUGCUCUAACUUUGUGAGCCCUCGCUGAGAAGAAGAUUGGAAUUCAGUUUCUUUUUCUUUGUUGAGAGGGUAAGAGUCAACAUGUUAAGUAAAGAAGUUGACACCAUAGCAAACAAUUAUAUGACAACAAAUGACCACAAAAAUGUUUAAUUUCACUCUAAAUAAUGUGCGGUUCUUGAAUGUUAUAUAAAUGACUACAGGAUAUCUGAAUAGAAGGCGUCAUGCCUGUUUUAGUUUUUGGAGGCCA